CUCCAGGUUUCUGCGACAUAAUGGCGGACGUUGGUAUCCCAUUGGUAAAACCUCAAUGAAACUAACAACAAUCUGUUUCUAUAAGGUGAGUUUACCCACGACUAACACCAUCUGAUUGGGCGCUCGACCCUUCCUGAUAUUGGAAUUUGUAAUCGCAGUCGUAGUCAUGGACAAAAACCAUGUUUAGCGUGAGACAGCAAUGACUUUGUAUAAGUGCAAUUUAUGUGAUGCGCGUGUGCCAAGUAUUACUCAAGCCCUGGUGGGUCAACGCUUUCAACUGGCACUGACAAGCUCCUAUUUUUUCAUACCAAUGUUGGGAGUGGUAUAUUUAUGAUUCCUCGAAUCACAGGAGAGUCGUGGUAUGCACUAACAGCCACCUGGACUCAGAGGUGCCGUCUAAUUCAUACCCUUCCCAUCCCUCCCUCGACCGCUUCCCUAUCCUGCGCAGAAGAUCAGGACGGUGCGAAGGUUUGGCUUCGCGCGUUCGAAGCCUCCAAAACUAUCCAGAAAGAUCUAGUCGAAGUUACUUUCUCUGGCAGUUCAGGUCCCGGAGGGCAGAGUGUCAACAAGGUGGAGACCGAGGUUUCUGCGCGCUAUCGCGCAGAUGCACCUUGAAUAACAACAUGGGCGCGCAGGAGUCUCGCGAGGACGGUGAUUUGUGGAGCUCGUCAUGCGAUUGUCAUACUGAAACUAGUAUUUCAUUUAAACCAUACUACAUCAGAACAUCGCAUUCUUUACUGGUUUCAUC